AGCGGGUUUGCAUUGGGCAGGUCUCUAGGCUCGGACCGGGGGACCAAAGCUGAGGCAUUUGCAGGUGGCUUGGCGGUUGACUGAAGUUGACAGCUGCCGCUGACGGCACUCAGGGAGUGGAGGGCAAGUGUUUUUUUUCUGUUGCAUCCUUAAUCAGUAAAUAUUCCAAUACCUUUCCAGCCAGUAAGAUAUGACAAUGCUCUCAAAUUUAUGCAAGGCCUUUCAAAAUUUUUGCUGCGAAGAUUGCAUGGAAGAUGAUAGUCUUACGCAACAAUCAAAUCAUAGAUUACACCACAGAGGGAAUGAUAGUGAAAAAGAAGUCCGUUUCACGAACAGUUCCUUUGAGAGGAAGAAUCUGCACUUGAGAAAAGAGAAAGCAAGGAAAGGGCAGACAAAAGAAACAGAUAAUUCAAAGGUUAAGAAGGCCACAAGACACCAAGCAGGAAAGCUGCCUCCAGCACGCCGAGGCAGACAGCACAGUAAAGAAAACCUGAAUGUUAAAAAGGGCACUGCAAGCAGACAGCACAGCAAGGAGAGUGUAAAUAGUAGAGGGAACAGUUCACAACGCAGGGGCCAAGGAAACCAAUCACCCAGCGGAGAGAGCACUCAGAGCAAAAGAUAUUCUGAAGACAACAGAGCGAGUCGACGGCCCAGCGAAGAGAGUCUGAAAGUCAGAAAAAAUACGGCAGCUAAGAGAGGUAAAAUCAGCAGACAGCAUAACAGAGAAGAGUUGCAUGGCAGAAGAGGCUCAGCAGCACACAAAGGAAAUAGAAGCAAUCCAUCUAACAACAAGAAGCUGAGGGAUCAAAAAAACACAGCAGCGUCCAGAAAGAGUGCAAGCAGACAACAUAGCAAAGAAAAGAUAAAUAGCAAGAAAAUGACUUCUGGGCACACAAGGAAAGCAAGCAAAUAGCACAGUAUAAAGUGAAAAAGAGAAAAAUGGUCAUUGCAGUAGAGAGAGUCUUCGACCAGGUGGCAUGGCAGAGAGAGACUUGAGAAGGAAAGAUGCAGUAGCCAGGGAGAAUGCAAUCACCCGAGUAAACAGUGGUUGUGGGGAAAAGGGCACUACACCAAGAGGGCAGCCCCACAAAGGGAAAUUAAACAAGUUUGCAAAGGGAGACUAAGCAGAAGCCUGGUUCAGAGCAAUCAGAUGAGAGGAAGCAAGUGAAGUGCACAGACAGAACCACAAAGACUUAAAACAAAACUACUGGAGCAUUGAAUCUGCAAGGAAAACACAUUUGCAGAAAGACAAAAAUAUAAAUGACGAAAUAAUAUCUGUGAGUUAAAAUAAUA